AUGGACGGUACUGGCAGAUCACUGAAAGAUUCAGCGACAGAGAUGUGCGCAAUCCUACAGAAAUGGCAAGAACAGAAAGCCCGUGGUGCCGAUGCGUUGCUUCGCAUAACUGGCCAUCUGAAGUCUAUUCAAUCGAGCACGAGCGAGCCGCCCCAUAUUGUGAAGGAGGUUGCAAAACAGGCGCCCUCCCUGAGACUGGAUGCUUACCUUAAGUCGGGCUGGCUGAUCGACGGAGGUCAAGGCUGGGAGCAGGCACAGAGCCUCCAAGACCAGUAUCUCAGGCUCCAGCACGUCCAUGCAGCCUCUGGAAGCCUGUUGUCCCGACUCCAAGCCCUGGUGGAGCAAGCUCAACAACAGUGGGAGGCAGCACCAGAAUUCCAGCCCACUUGGGGGCGACCGGAUUCAGGCAUGGAUACCUCCACCCACACGGGAAUGCACUCAGCCAUCAGUUCGGAAAACACACAAGGCGAGGACCACAGUACAGCAGUUGUAGAUGUGACCAGUACCAACAGAUCUGAGGAGUGCUCAGGCUCGGAUAUUCUCUUCAUGAUGGUCUCUCUUUUGGAUGGCCUUGAGAAGGAGCUGCAGAUAAUGGACCGUGUUUGCCCUUCGAUCCAGCUUGACACCCCAGUCGAUGAGCUGGACAUCUACUGCACGGUUUGGCAGCUGCAGCCAUACCUGGAUGAAGACCUGCUUGCUGACUUUUUAAACAGAUUCCCUUCACGGUGA